AUGCGAUCUGAACUGGGAAAGCUGACUCUUGAUAAUACCUUUCUCGAGCGGAAUACCCUCAACAAGACAAUCGUUGAAGCUAUAAACACCGCAGCGGGGCCCUGGGGACUGACAUGCCUCCGUUAUGAAAUUCGUGACAUUCUUCUGCCGCCCAACAUCAAGAGUGCGAUGGAGCGACAGGCCGAAGCGGAGCGACUGAAAAGGGCCGAGGUGUUGCGCAGUGAGGGGGAGAGAGCGAGGCUUGUGAACAUCGCGUUGGGUCAGAAGGAAGCCACAAUUCUCAAUGCUGAGGGGCAGGCUGAGGCCGUUAGACAGCGGGCAGCGGCGGCAGCAGAAAGCGUUCGGAAGAUCGCCGAAACAACCAGUAUCCCAGGCGGGAUGCAUGCACUGAGUCUGCAGCUCGCUGAGAAUUAUGUCGCUGCCUUCGGCAGACUGGCUGAAGGCAGCAACACUCUGAUCGUCCCUGCGGAUGCAGCCAACGCCUCCCGGUUGCUUGGCCAGGCUUUGGGGGUCUUCAGAGCUGUCGACAAAAGCUUGGCGGAGGCACCGCCAAAUUUGCCUUCAAGCCCAAACAACGCGGCAACCCGUGGCUGA